AUGACGUCCAUGGAGACUGAACUCCUCAACAAGUACAACCUCACGACGCUGCACCCCACAGCAUGGCCGGCGGAGAAGGAUGCGGCGGACGAGGGCGAGCUCUCGGAGGAUGAGCGCGCCGCCACAGCGCAGGCGGUGCGGCGGUCGCGGUCGCGGUACUCUGUGCUGGAGGACCGGUCGCGAUUCUCGCGGCAGGUUCCGGGCGCCGAGCGGUCGAAAGACGGCGUGGAGACGCUGGUGCAGAAGGACGAGCAGGACCCGCUGGGCAUGUACCCGAGCGUCGUGCAGGUGUUGCGGGCACGCAACCUGGCCGUCGAGGACGACAUCAAACUGCGGAAUCGCUUCCUCCUCAGCUCGACCACCUUCUCGCCGUCCCUCUUCCUCUCCCAGGUCCACAGCGAUGCCUCGACCGACACGCUCCUCCAGGGCCUCGACUUCCUCUCGCGGUCCAUCGAGCAGAAGUCGGCCUCGCUCAAGGUCCUAGUCGAGACCAACUUUGAGCGCUUCGUCGGCGCCAAGGCCACCAUCGACCGCGUCUACAACGAGAUGCGCGCCCAGGGCAAGGACUCUGAGCCGCCCAAGCCGACACACGCACGCGGGGCCAGCCGCACGAGCUUCUCCGGCCGAAAGGCCAGUGUGUCGCUGCACCCUGUGCCCGUGGAGAAGAGGAAGAACGCGCUGGUCAAGGAGAGCGAGUACGGCGUGCACGGCAUCAAGGUGCCCCUCACCGAAGUGGCCGUCAAGGCCGAGGAAGUCUGGGGCCCUGCCCUGGGUGGCCGCGACAAGGAGGAGACGCUGAAGGCCAUUCUCGAUUCGCUCGAGACCAACCGCGGGCUGUUCGAGGUGGCGUCGACCAUCCAGGACGCCAUUCGCAGGAAGGAUCACGAGACAAUCGUCGAGGAGUACAAGCGCGGCCGGAAGUACACUGAAGAUGCGAGGUACAUUGUGGAGCAGGCCAACUACUCGAAGCUGCCCCUCACCGAUGCCCAGAUACACCAGAUCAUCGUCACGGCCAGAAUGUGGGCAGACGUCGAGCGCCAGAUCGAGCAGUUCAAGAGAGACGCAUGGAAGAGACUGGCGGCGUCGCAUUUCACGAAGCAUCAGACCGCCACAGACGACGCAAAGUCAGACGAGUACAUGAGUCUGAUCUCAAUCAUGCUCGAGCUGGGAGUCGAGGACAACCCUAUAUGGAUCUGGCUGCUUUCCCGCUACGAGCACCUCAAGUCUCGCCUCAGCACUCUCUGCGAGCGUUCUCGUGUUGAGAUUGAGAUCCUGCGUCGGCAUCUGGCUAAUGCCGAGAAGCCAACCUUGCGAUCAGUGCAGAAACACUUGCGCGCAGUACCCAUCAGCACCAACGCGACAGCCGAGCCCUCCAGGCUGGAUGCGCCCAAGGUGAUCGAGUUCUGGGAGCAUGUGCAUGCUGCCAUGACAACUCUGCUCUCUACCAAGGGCGGUCUGCUCGGUGAGCUGAUCGAGUACUGGGAUAUUGCGCAGUCGUUCAUGAGCGGUCGAGCUCAGCGCAGCAUGCCGACUGGUUAUCAAAACCAGUCUUCGGUCCACCACAAACUUACAGAUCAAAACAAGAUUGAGCUUGAGCAAGGCACGGCUGAGCUGAUCAACAUGAUCCGCGAGCAUCUCUACUCCUUCUUCUCCGAUCCACCGAUCGAGGACGUUUCUGCCCUCUUCUCGCCACUGCCCACCACGCCGACGCCGACUACUCCGCGAACACCCCUUACAGCUGCUCUCAGUCCCACAGCAGGGUCGCGGUUCAGAUUUGACCCCAACAAUGUACCGCCGCCAUCACCGAGCCGUGGCGAGGCAUGGGAGAAGUACGCUUUCUGGCCGCCUCAUUCAAACGCCCUCUCCGGCUCGCACUACCUGUCCAAGUCGCUCAUCUUGAUCGGCACAGCUGCAAAUGAGCUUGCGUCUCUGCGUCUGCCGGCAACAGGAUCCAGCUCGCGCCUUGACGAAGCAUUACGUCUGCUGGUUGGCGGAGUUCGCGAGCGCUGCGUAUCAGCCAUCUGCGCUGCCUGGAACGCCGAUGCCGAGAAGCUGAAGGUGCUAGAGGACUGGACGCGCAACGCCGACCGCAAAGACACGACGAACCUGCCCCAACGCUUCCUAGCAGUGCAGUCCUUCCUGCUCACCCACCUGCAGAAGAUCAUGUACGUUGAAGCAUCAAGCAAGACAUCCGUCGACGUGGUCGUACCCCCAAGCAGCAAGCUGCUGCAGAUGCUCAGAAGCCAGUUCGUAACCAGCUUAUACCGUACGUUGAGCGGGAUGGUAGAGUGCGCAGAAUUGGGCCGCACGGCUCUCGGCUCCGACUUCCAAACCAAAGGCGACGAUCUGACUAUCGACGGCGAAGAAGAAACGGACGACUCGUGGGGCAAAGUCGACGCCAACAACAAGCCUACGCGCCUCCUCCUCACGCUCUCCAACAUGUCACACUUCCAAUCCAUCAUAACGCCACACCUCCUCUCGCUGUUCGAGACGCUCUUCAGCGUCCAGCUCACCGACGAAACCGCGCGAAUCCGGGACGUCCUGUCGCAACUCGACACGCAGCUGUUCAAGUCGUACACCAAGCCGCACGCGCUGCAGAUCCAGACGUGGAUCGAGUCCGGCAUCUUCUCGCCGUCGUGGGCGGCGGCGGCAGCAGAACGCGGCGGGCGCGUCAGCACGCUCGAUCCCUCGCCGUACGUGUCGACGGUGCUUCUGCACCUCGUGACGGUGCACAGCGUGACGUCGACGACAUCGCCGGGAUCGGCGCUGACGCCGCGCAUCCUCAAGGCCCUCUUCGAAUCGACGACGGCGUCGCUGAUCGGGACCUUCUCCUCGCCGCGGCUGCCGAGCAUCUCCCUGCCACAGCUGAUGCAGGCGACGCUCGACGUGGAGUUUAUUUCGCAAACGCUGGCGACCUACACGACGGACGUGGCGAGCCAGACGCAGACGGACAUCUACCAGGUGCUGGACCAGAAGACGGACAACGGGGCGCGGGUGGCGUUGCAGGACGAGCUGGGCGGGCUGCGGGUCGGGCUGAAGCGGUUGAGGGAGGGGACGCGGGGGCAGUUCAGCUGUUUCCGCCGCGUCAAACGGGGGACGGUGGCGAGCCCGAAUCUCGGGGAGGAGGAGAGGGGGAGGCGGUAA